AUGGUUAGAUCCAACGAUGUGAAAUUCCAAGUCUACGACGCUGAGCUGACACAUUUCGAUCUCGAAAGCAACAAUAACCUCCAGUACAGUCUCUCUUUGAAUCUCUCCAUCCGAAACUCGAAGAGUAGUAUCGGAAUCCAUUACGAUAGGUUUGAAGCAACCGUUUACUACAUGAAUCAGCGGUUAGGAGCUGUUCCCAUGCCGUUGUUCUACCUUGGAAGCAAGAACACGAUGCUUCUCAGAGCAUUGUUUGAAGGCCAAACUCUAGUUUUACUAAAGGGUAAUGAACGCAAAAAGUUUGAAGAUGAUCAGAAGACUGGUGUUUAUAGAAUUGACGUGAAGCUGAGUAUUAAUUUUAGGGUUAUGGUUUUGCAUUUAGUCACGUGGCCGAUGAAACCAGUUGUUCGUUGUCAUCUUAAGAUACCAUUAGCAUUAGGUUCCUCUAACUCAACCGGAGGGCACAAGAAAAUGUUACUUAUUGGUCAACUGGUAAAAGAUACUUCUGCAAAUCUUAGGGAAGCUAGUGAAACCGAUCAUCGUCGAGAUGUUGCUCAAAGUAAGAAGAUUGCAGAUGCUAAACUUGCAAAGGAUUUUGAAGCAGCGUUGAAAGAGUUUCAGAAAGCACAGCAUAUUACAGUUGAAAGAGAAACUUCUUAUAUUCCUUUUGAUCCAAAAGGUAGCUUUUCUUCAAGUGAGGUAGACAUUGGCUAUGAUAGAUCACAAGAGCAGCGUGUCCUCAUGGAAUCUAGAAGGCAAGAAAUUGUGUUGCUUGACAACGAAAUUUCCUUAAACGAAGCACGGAUAGAGGCAAGGGAACAGGGGAUACAGGAAGUUAAGCAUCAAAUCAGUGAAGUAAUGGAGAUGUUCAAAGAUCUGGCGGUGAUGGUAGACCAUCAAGGAACGAUCGAUGAUAUAGAUGAGAAGAUCGACAAUUUACGUUCAGCAGCAGCUCAGGGAAAGUCCCAUCUCGUGAAAGCAUCCAAUACACAAGGAUCAAACUCAUCCCUGUUGUUUUCAUGUUCCUUACUUCUCUUUUUCUUUCUUUCUGGUGAUUUAUGCAGAUGUGUUUGUGUUGGAAGUGAGAAUCCUAGAUUAAAUCCUACAAGAAGAAAAGCUUGGUGUGAAGAAGAAGAUGAAGAACAAAGGAAGAAGCAACAGAAGAAGAAGACGAUGUCGGAGAAGAGACGUCGUGAAGAGAAGAAAGUCAACAAACCAAAUGGGUUUGUGUUUUGUGUGUUGGGCCAUAAGUGAUGAGAUAAGGCCCAUACGAAUAAGUGUUUUGUUGUUGUCUAGUUAAGGUCCAACAAGAUGAGUGUUGUGUUGUUAGUCUAAGAUAGAGUCAUGUUGUGUAAGAGUGAAUUAAGGAGUUGAGAGUUCCAACAUAGUAGAGUGGCUGAUGUAAGUCUUAGGACAAUGAUGUGGUCUAGACUCUAAGUGUGUAGUGUAGCAAGUGGAGCAAAACCACUAUAUGUAUGAGUGUCUUUAUGUUGU